GCGCAUUCGAAACUUCCAAGGGCAUCGUUCCGAAGGAGCUCCUGCCGCCUCCACCUUCGCGUAGUGCCUCAACGUGGCUUACGUCUGCGUGUGGUUGAGAUUCUCGCGUUGCCGAGGGGUAAAUCUCAAAAUUUCCGUCCUUCCAUUCUGCGAGGAAAGAGCUUGGCCUCAACUGUGGAGUGACGUGAGCUUCGUGAAGUGCAUGCUGCAGAGGGAGACGCUAUCGGGAUCGGGAUCGGGAUGGGGGACCAGAACCCAAAUGCUGGGAAGGGUCCAAAGGCUCAACAGCAGCAGCAACAGCCGCCGAAGAUAAAAUUCGAGAUUUGGGUGAAUGGUUAUAAAUAUGUCACAGUCAAUAAUCCGAACGAGCCGGUUGAUGACAUUGUCAAGUCACUGGAGAAAAGGGCGAAGAAAAUCAGGCACAUUGGGGAAGAGGACUCGAUAGAACGGCUGCAGUUCAAAAGCGCCGACGACUUGGAGGUUUCAGAAAUGGGACUUGACCUGACUGCCGGUGACAUGAAGCAGCUGCUUGAGAAUAAGAAGAUAGUUGCGCUCAUUUCGACGCCUCCGCCUCAACCAUUACCCCCUCCGGCCCCACAACCACCUCCUCCUCCACCUAGUCUAGGCCCGACACCCCCCAAAAUGCCUUGUUGGGAUUGGUGCUGGAAGUAGACAAGUAAGAGAGGAGGAAAGAAGCGGAAGCGAGACGGGGGGCCAACUGCAUAGGGCAUGCAAGCGGACAAGCAACCGACGACGAUGCAAUUGAUCCUUAGUGGGUAUUACUUCUUUUGCAUGAGGGGGUAAAGGCAGGUGGGAUGCCAUUUUUUGAGGGAGGGAGAGAGAAGGAAGGUGGAUGGGGAGGGAGGGAAAUGCAUCAACGGAUCCUCCUCCAUCUUCCAAGAGCGCCUGCUUUCGAGAGCCCUUUGCGA